CUUACCUGCCCAAGUCGCUCGACAUGAUGCUUCGCCGCGCGGUGCUGCUAGCAGCAGCCUGCAGCGCAGGUCCCCAAGAAGCGAGCGAAGCCCAAGGCGGCCUGUGCUUCCUGCGGCGCCGCGACUUGGCGCGGCUGGUGGCGGAGGCGGCGCCCUUGGCAGAGGAGUGGGGCCUGGCCGGCGUGCUGGGCUUCCUCUGCUGCUUCGUGGCCGCCACAUUGGUGAUGAUCCCCACGGGCCCGCUGGAGAUGGCGGCGGGGCUACUCUUCAGCAAGAGCUACGGGCUGACGGGGGCCAUGCUGCUGGCCGCAGCGGCCAAGCAGCUCUCAGGGAGCAUCGGCUUCUUCCUGGGCCGCACGCUGCUGCGAGAGUGGGUCCAAGAGACCGUGAUCUCCCGCUUCCCGGUCUUCAAGGCGGUGAUGCAGGCAGUUGAGACAGAGCCCUUCACCGUCACCUGCAUGGUGCGCUUCGCGCCCAUCCCCACCACCGCCAAGAGCAUGGGCCUAGCGGCCUCGGGGGUGGCCUUCGGGCCCUUCCUCGCGGCCUCCGCGCUCUUCGGGGCGCCCUGGAGCGCCUUGAGCGCCGCCGUGGGCUCCUCCCUGGCCUCGCUGCCGGAGCUCCUGGAGGGCCGGGGCGAGGAGAAGCUCAGGGCGAUCAUUGCGUCGUGGAAGGAGCAGCCGCUCUACGUGGGCACUUGCGCGCUGCUGGCAGUCCUGGCAGUCGCCUUCCUGGCCCUCCGCACGCGGAAGAUGCUGGCGACCUAUCGCGAGCUCAUGCAGAAAGCCGCGUAAACGCGCGAUGGC